AUGUCUCGAGCGCGCAUAAUCGUUAAUCGCACACGCUUCGCAACCCACAUCCACCGUCCCGCUCGCCAAUCGUUCCGAUCUACUCACCACCAUGCGCAACACACCGAGCUGCCCCUCCCCCUCCAAUCCCGCAUGCGCUGGUCCUACCUUUGGUACGCCAGUAUCUUCGCUCUGGGAAUAGCAACCGGCCUCGGUGCGCGACACUUUGCCGCACCGCUUGGCCUCCCCGGGCCCGGAUCGCGAGAAGACACGAUAAUUCUCGAAUCUCUCGGCCAGGACAUUGACAAUCUGGAUAUUGUCAAAUCUCUGCGCUCGCAGUCCUACAAUCAAAAUACAGAUGCUUCACUUCGCUCAGGGCCCGGAUUGACUUCUGGUCCGGGGUCAAGUAGCAGAAAGAUAUCCGCAUACAAGGAUUGGAUGGAGGUGGAUGUAAAUUUUGAUCAGGAAGGAGAUGGGAAGAAUAGUAUUAUGGGGGUAAUGAGUGGAACGCGAGGGUUUGGGGUGCAAAGGGCGUUUUGGAAUGCGCAGACGAGGGAGAUGGUGGCUGUGGUGUGGAUGGGAGGGGGCAUGAGCGGAUGGCCCGGUGUUGCACACGGAGGCGCUAUAGCAACAGUCUUUGAAGAGAUCAUGGCGAGGAUGGUUGCGGGCCCUGAGGGGACUGUCGAGCCAGUCCACCGUCCAUGCUCGCUCAGCCUAACCUACGCAAAACCCACAUACAGCCUCGACUUCUACAUCCUCCGCGCCCGUUUCUCGAAACCUAGAUUGUCCCAGUCUGAACCCCCGCCUGAGCCAGAAGCGCAACCGACAAAGUCUUGGUUGGGUUGGUUGUCCCCACAAAAAGACCUUACUAAAAAGGCUAGCAGUGUUGGUAGCAAAGAGGAGGUGGUUGCGACACUAGAGAGUGUGUCUGGAGAUCUAUGUGUAAAGGCCAAGGGCGAAUUCAACACGAGUAGUAUCGCUGUUUGA